AUGUCGACUGCUGGCCAAUCCCCCUUCUGCAUCCGCCCUGAGGACGUCCAGUGCCUCGAGUCCUCGCAACCCUUCCAGGUCCUGCGCAGCUACCUGGCCGUCAAUGCGACCAACGACUUGUGCGCCGAGCAUGCAUGCUGCUCUUCCGAGACCCAGGCUGCAUGGCUGCUGCAGCGGGACAUUCUGCACGCCCUGAUCAUGCCCGUGGUCCAGCUUUUCCACCGCGCCUCGAGUCUGGCCGAGGCCGCCCUGUGCAGCUCCAAGGCCGAGGACCUUGAGAUGGCCUUCACUGCCGACGCCCGCAGCGGCUUCCUCUGGCUGCAAUGCUUCCUUGCCGACGAGGAGGAUUGGUGCCAGUCAAUUGGCUGUCCCGCAUGCAUCGUCACCGCCACUCUGUCAACCGAGCAGCACCUUCGCAUAACAUUCACCGCCCUCAACCUUGCCAACGAGUCCAGCUAUGCCGGCAGCCCUGCCCAGACCCUCCCUUCGCUCCCCUUCUUCGCCGAGGCCCUCCACUACGCAAUCGACACGGAUCCCUUCUGGGAGUCGUACCCCGGCGCCUCCCCCGCCUUCGAGUCCUCUGCCCAGAAGCUUACCGCGCACAUCCACGCUCUCAUGGAACAGUGCGGCGAGAUUGAGGCCCUUGUUUCGGACUACGAUGCAACACCCACCGAUUCUCAGAUGUCCAGCGGACUCGUCAAGUUCCAGCAGCGCGCACAGCCUGUGCGCGCACCAUCUGGCUUCCUCAGGUUUGGGGCUGAAAGCAAGUGCCCCGCCGUCAAGCCCAGCCGCAUGGCGAAGCGCCAACAGCGCAUGCGCCAGGAAGAGCAGAUGUUGCUCCAACAGUUGGUGGCACAGUGCUGGGGCCAAGUUGCUCUCGCCGGCGCAGUUCCGGGCGCACGGGAUCGCGCUCAUGUCAAGGCACUGAUGCGGGGCCCUGGAAACAUGAACGGAUUCGUGCUCGGUACUGGCAGCUCGACGAGCUUUGGCGAGAAGAGGAGGCGAAGCUUGACAUGCCCUUGA